GUCGAAUUUAAAAAUGAGACCGCGACAGUUCUGGAUGACAACUGAAGAAGGAAUUUCGUUGCGAUACAUUUUGGGGGAAUCAUUUCUGUCAGGAUGAUGGAAUCAUGUUUUCACAACAAAUUGGAAAGCGUGGAGAGGGAAAUGAACGUCGACGACCUGAGGAAAGACCUUUCCUCGGAGUUUCACUCACAGGAGUCAUACGUAGAAGAGAGUGAGCACUUGCAGGUGUACCUCCGCAUUCGACCAUUCACAUCAACUGAGAGUGAAAAUGGCGAAUCACAGGACUGCGUUUCCAUCGAGCCCCCAGACACGGUCCUCCUCAAGGCUCCAAGGACUUCCCUCUCAGCGAGGCUCAGUGACAAAUCAGCCCCUCAGACAGCUCAACGGUUCCAGUUCUCACAGGUCUUUGGGCCAGAAACCUCUCAGAGGGAGAUGUUUGACGGCACAGUGAGAAGUCUGGUCAAGGAGGUUUUGGAAGGUGGAAAUUCUCUGGUUUUCACAUAUGGAGUCACAAAUGCGGGGAAGACGUUCACAUUUCUAGGUCCAGAGGCCAACGCAGGGAUCCUUCCCAGGUCUUUGAACGUCAUCUUCAACAACGUCGAGGGGCGUGUCUAUAACCAGAUGACUAUCAAGCCACAGCGAUGCAGAGAGUUCAUCAGGCUCACUAAAGACCAGCAGAGUGAAGAGGCCACUAGCAAGAGAAAUCUCUUCAGGCUCCUCAAGGAGGGUGAUAACCAGAAAAGCACCAUCAGCCAGACAAGCUCCACCAGCAAGACAACCCUGGAAGGGUCCACACUAAGUGACGUCGAGGGGACUGUGACUGAAGACCGUUUCAGUCUGGUUGUUGACGCACACACCAAGUUCUCGGUCUGGGUGUCCUUCUGUGAAAUCUACAACGAGAACAUUCACGACCUGCUGGAGCCCAUACCGAACGGAGCCCUGAAGAGAACCACACUGCGGCUGUCGCAGGAUGUCAAAGGCAACUCUUUUGUAAAAGAUCUCAAGUGGGUACAAGUGAACAAUGCGGAAGAGGCCUACAAGGUGAUGAAGCUCGGCGAGAAAAACCAGAGCUUCGCCAGCACAAAGCUCAAUCUCCUCUCCAGCAGGAGCCACAGCAUAUUUUCUGUUCGUAUCCUGCGGAUUGAAGAUGCUAGGAUUCCUCGUGUUAACUCUAUCAGCGAGCUGACCUUGUGUGACCUGGCUGGUUCAGAGCGGUGUGCUAAAACUCAGAAUAAAGGGGAGCGUUUGAAAGAGGCCGGGAACAUCAACACUUCCCUGAUGACGCUGGGCAAGUGCAUCAACGCGUUACGGCAAAGACAGCAAUCCAAGCUACCGCAGCACGUCCCGUUCAGGGAGAGCAAGCUUACCCACUACCUACAGGGCUUCUUCUGUGGGCGGGGCAAAGCCUGCAUGGUAGUCAACGUCAACCAGUGUGCCUCCCUGUACGACGAGACGCUCAACGUGCUCAAGUUCUCUGCAGUGGCUCAGAAGGUGGUGGUGCUGACCACCAAGACCGUCCCCCACCUCGCCGCCAAGAGGUCGGCCCGGGAACUGUCCAUGAUCAUCAACAACAACGCAGACGGGAAGAACCUGUUGGGUCAGCGGAGAAGGAGCUCCCUGGUUGGCUGGGAGACCAGUCUGGAGGACGUAGAUGAGGAUGUUGACAGGGAGGAGGAAGAGGAGAGCACGACGGAGGACAGCGUGAUGGAGGAGACCAUGCAGGAAGUGGAAGAUGACAAGUUUCUCAUCGAUAAAGAUGCUUAUGAGAACCAGCUACUCCAGUUGAAGGCGCUCCGGGAACAGCUCCAGAAAGAGCGGUCUGAAAACCUGGCUUUGGAAUCCCGGAUCCGUGACGAGGUCAUAAAGGAGUUUUCUGAGCUCUUCUCUGAAAUGCAGACCGACUACAAGGAACGUCUGGCCAAAGAGAAGGAGAUUGUCGAGGAGAGAGCAGAGAGGCGUCUAGAGAUCCUGAAGAAUCUAGUGAACAAGAACACCAGUCAAGAGGAGCUGGACAGAGCAGAUCGAGAGCUGGACGGAGCAGAUCGAGAGCUGGACGGAGCAGAUCGAGAGCUGGACGGAGCAGAUCGAGAGCUGGACGGAGCAGAUCGAGAGCUGGACGGAGCAGAUCGAGAGCUGGACGGAGCAGAGCGAGCCACAAAGGACAGCUCGUCGUUGGGAGGGAUGUUUGACUCCAUGUGCAGUGACCUGGCAGGCAUAAAGAAGGCGGCUGAGGAGGCCAAGACGUGUCUGGUGGUCACCCACCCCGGUAGUGACACCAUCUCCAACCAGGAGAAGAGAGCGGCUGAUCUCUCAGAACAGCUGAGCCAAGCCAAUGAGCAGUUCUCUGUCAAAACCAACGAACUGGAAAAUUAUUGCGGACGAGCGCCGCAAUCUAACGAACAGUUUGAAGAGGCAAGAAAGACUCUCGAGUCUCAGGAGCUGAAGUUCUCCCACCUCCUCGAAAUGUGUCGUGAGAAGGAUGAGAUUAUCUCCAAGCUUCAGAACACCAUGGACCAGCAGGUCAAAGCCACUGUCAAGGAUAAGACCACAUUCGACGGCAUCAAGGAUGAGAUCCUGCGUCUGAAGAGCAGCUGCACUUGCUCCAGAGCGGGGAAGCCCAGCUCUCGCAGAGAUAGCCGCAAACGGCUGGUGGACCUCCAGCAGGACCUGGAGGAACAGCCCCCCAGCAAGAAAGGAUUCCUUGAGGAGUGUAGUGGAGAGGAGGAGAAAAUGGACAGAUUGCGCUGGGAGCUGGAGGAGAAAUCCUCAGACGUGGCGGGGCUAGUAGAGACUCUGCAGCUUGACCUGGUGGCACACGGUGAGGGCGACUGGAAAGUGCAAGAGUGGCUCGAAGUGCUGGCGGAUAAUAGCUCCCGUAUGGAGGCACGUGACCUGGAAGCUGAGCUGGAGGGGCAGACGGGUGCCUGCGAGGAGGCCCCGUCCGUGGAGGAGGAGGUGAGGAGGGAGAAUGCCAGGCUGCUCCAGGAAGACUGGCAGCGGGAGAUGAGCGCACUCCGAAGGGAAUCCCAGGAUCUAACUGGGAAGCUGCAGGCCAUGGAGAGGGAGGUCAGUCUGCAGACAGCCAGAGCAGACCAAGCUGCAGAGGACCGACGGGCCACGCGUGAUCACGAGGUCAGAGAGAAAACUGCCCUGAUUGACUCCCUGACACAGGAAGUGACACGCCUAAGGCAGGAAGUGGUGGCCUCUCAGGCUGCGUCGGGAGUACAAAGGAACAGCGGGCUUCUCCGAGACAAGAUGGCGGAACUGAAGAGAGAAUGCUCAGAGGCCCUAGAGGAGAGGCUCCUGCUGAAAGAGAAACUGGCCCAACUACAGAUCUCAGAACAGGAGCUGAAAGAGAAACUGGCCCAACAGCAGAUCUCAGAACAGGAGCUGAAAGAGAAACUUGCCCAACAGCAGAUCUCAGAACAGGAGCUGAAAGAGAAACUUUCCCAACAGCAGAUCUCAGAACAGGAGUUGGUGGAGCUGAAAGAGAAACUGGCCCAACAGCAGAUCUCAGAGCAGGAGUUGGGGGAGCUGAAAGAGAAACUGGCCCAACAGCAGAUCUCAGAACAGGAGCUGAAGGAGAAACUGGCCCAACAGCAGAUCUCAGAACAGGAGCUGAAGGAGAAACUGGCCCAACAGCAGAUCUCAGAACAGGAGCUGAAAGAGAAACUGGCCCAACAGCAGAUCUCAGAACAGGAGCUGAAGGAGAAACUGGCCCAACAGCAGAUCUCAGAACAGGAGCUGAAGGAGAAACUGGCCAAACAGCAGAUCUCAGAACAGGAACUGAAAGAGAAACUGGCCCAACAGCAGAUCUCAGAACAGGAACUGAAAGAGAAACUGGCCCAACAGGAGUUGACGUUGGAGCAGCUCAGGGCGGAAAUGGAGGAGGCUAAAGCCGAAGCCCACAUCGACAGCGAGAACUCUGUAGCUGAGAGUGAGACUGCCGAGGGACUGAGGAAACUAAACUCUGAUCUGCAGGCUGAGGUCACAACCUUGAAGGGAAGGAUGGCCGAUCUUGAAGAAAAGGAGCGCACCCGCCAAACGGAGAGGGAGGCAGAGUUGGAGAAAAAGCUGAUCGAGAAGGAGGCGCAGGUGUCGGGCCUGCAGAAGAGCCUGAGGGAGGCGCAGGAGGUUCGGGAGGAUGAGGAGACCGCUGCGGUGCAGGAGGCUCGUAGGAGGGAGGUGGAGAGGAGGAGGGAGCUGCUGGCCGUGGCUGAAGAGGCCAUCGCUCAGAAGGACGCUGAGCUGGAGAAGAGAGCCCAGGACAUCACCAGAUUGAAGGAUAUGGCUAAACUUGACUCAGACAAAGUGAGGAGUUUGAGCCAGGACCUUGAGAGAAAAGGUGAUGACAACUCUGAUCUCAGAGAGAAGCUGGCCGACUCUAAAAAACAGAUACAGCAAGUUCAAACGGAGAUCAUCUCCAAGCGAGAAGAGGAGAAAUCUCUCAAACUGAAACUGCAGGACUUGGAGAAAGUGAAGAAACAGCAGCAGGCUGACUUGGCCAAUAAAGACCGGACCAUAAACCAACUGAAAACUGAACAGUUCGCUGACUCGAAGUCUGACGAGAACCUACAGCUCUAUCAGAACGCCUGCAAAGACCUUCAGGCUAAGGAGCGUUUGAUUGAGGACAUGCGUCUGGCUCUGACGGAGCAGGAGGAUACCCAGACCCAACAGGAGCAGGUGCUGGAGGCUAAACUGGAAGAGAUUGACGCCCUCGUAGAAGAGGUGGAGAAAGUGAAAGGACUGUUGCGCUACCAGGACAGUAGAAAAGACACUGCAGCCCUGGGAGACGGCCAAUUGGACGAAGCCAAAUUAGCCAAACAGGAAGCAGUUCAGGCUCAAGUGACCUUGAAGCUGUGUACUGAGAAGCACCUGGCUGACAGGAGGAAGUGGCUUGAAGAGAAGAUGGUUCUGAUCCGGCUGGCCAAGGAGGCCGAGGAUAAGAGGAACCAGGAGAUGAGGAAGUUCGCAGACGGCCGUGAGCGACACGCCAAACAGCAAACCCAAGUGGAAGCCCUGUCGGCCCGGCUCGGUGAGAAGGAGCGGGACCUGCUGAAGUGGAGGGAGGAGAGGGACUCCCUGGUGGCAGCUUUGGAGGUCCAGCUAACCAAACUCCUCUCCAGCAUCGCCGACAAGGAUGAACAGAUAGCCAGUCUCCGCUGCAAUGCCACCUCUCAGCCAGCAGAGUGUGGCCAGGUGGAGGUAGAGCAGCUGCAGGGUCUCCUGUCUGAGAGAGGCGCUGAGAUCCUUAACCUGAAGGAACAACUGAAAGCUGCAUCCAAAGCCAGCAGCCAUGUCUCAGCCCCGCCUCCCACUAAGAGCAGAGAGACCGCCACUCUGACUAAAGCAGAGGACUGCCCUCCCAAAGUCAAUGAGCGAACUCUCCAUGACAACCGUCAACUAGGACAUGGAGUCAAGACUGAGAAGAGGACCAGUCAGGGGUCUGGGGACUACCCAUCGGUGCUAGACUCCUCAGAGAUCUCGACGGAGGGAGGCAGGACCAGCCGCUUCCCCAAGCCUGAGCUCGAGAUCUCCUUCAGCCCGCUGCAGCCCAACAGGAUGGCCCUGAAACGCCAGGGAGAGGACGUGAUCAACGUAAAAAUCACACGCAAGAGGAAGAGCGCUGAGAUUGACAAGAAGAAAUUCUGGCACACUAAGGCUAAACAGAGAUCAACACAUGAGUUCCCAUCUCAGGAUGAGGUGACCCGUGAGAACCGAAGGAACACCAGAUCCAGACUGACUCCUAAACUGGCUGUGCACCAAGAGGAGCCAUCUCCGUCGAUGGACGGUAAAGACCUGGGCUCCAUGAGGCCCCAGGACUCCCAGUCCAGCCUGCGGAGCAGGAAAGAGGGAACGAUGCAGAAGUUCGGAGACUUCCUCCAGAGCUCCCCAACAUUCUUCGGUAGCAAGGCGAAAAAGAUAAUGGGAUUGGUGAGCGGGAAAUCCCCAGAGACUGAGGGGGGGGCGUCCAUGAGCUUCAGACCCAAGAAGUCCAAGAGGAAGCUGUACAGACCAGAGAUCUCGACCCCGAUGGACUUCCCCUCCCACCCGAUCAUCAGUGGAGUUCCAGACGAGAGAGAGAGUGACCAUCUCAUCAUCAAGAGAAAACUCCGGACUAGGACGGCAAAAUGAGUUGAUUUCUUUGUAUGACAGCAAUGAUGUCAAAGAUUCUGGUCUUAUGGUAACAGGGAAAUUGAAUAAUUGAUUUUGUUGGUGUAAUGAAGGACAUUGAGUUUUUCUUUCAUAUAGCCUUCAUUUAUCACUUUAAUUUAUAUUCAAUUUUAUUUCUACGUAUUUAAUGUUGCACAUAGUAUGAUUAUUUCUUUAAUUGUAUGAUUUUAUGAUUUAACAGAAUAUCAAUUUUGGACCAAGUAUGUUUAUUCUCAGUCCAGAACAUUGUGGUAAUGCACUCCUCUGAAGAUGUAGACGUCAACGAUGUUCGUGUAAAAAAAAAAGCACGGUAGUUUUGGAGCAGAAUGAAUGUCUUACUGGAGGGAUGACCAAGUCCUGUCUUAGUCUUAACCAUGCUGAUAAUACAUAGUGUAACCUAUAGAUAUAGGGCCCUAGUCAAUCAGAACUGCCAGUCGGCAUAAGACAGAACACUAUUACAAACUGUUCUUUUUGGUGUCACUCUGUAAACAACAUUUUAUUUGCUAAAGGAAUCUAAAUGCAAGAAAUGUAUAUUACAGAAAAUCCCAGUUUCGAUUUAA